CUCCACAUUUUCUUCCUCCACCACAUCGAUCUAAUUCAUUGGACAACCUUUUCAAAUUGACUCACUGGUCGUGAUGGCCUAUCCUUAAACUCGAUCACCUGAUUGUAAUGGUGAUCCCUGCUGUGCUGUGCUGUGUGCUCUCUGAUCAGGACUGGCCUGCCCUCAGAAACAGAGAAACAUCUCACAGUCAACAAGUCCAGUGUCGAUCUGGCAAGCAAGAUAUCACAACAGUGCACUGUAUCCUGGAGUACUCCCCAUGUGAUCCGGAGUACGCAAACAGUAGGUAACUGUCGGAAAUCUGAGACAGUGUCAUACACACGCAUCCAUUUCUCCAGGUAUCAUACCCCUGCCUCUGAGCACCACUCUCCCCAUGCCUAUAUAAACAGAGGCCGCCCCCUUCGUCUCCCAUCCCCAUGUGAGCGAGAAACAAAGCCUCUCAAGCUCGAGUUCGACCAAACCGUCCCCCUGCUUCCAAUCCAUUCCAUCCCCCUCUGCUUCUUGGAGACACACGCGCGCGCACACAUAAACGUCGGGAAUUCCGCGGCGACCACCCUGUCCGUGCGAGCCUGUACUACUGCAACCAUGGUGGUCCUUGCCAAGGGCGAGCUGGAGCAGAUCGCGCUCCCGGCGGUGCAGCGCGCGGCGCCGCCGCUGGCCGCCGUGCCGGAGGUCGACCUGGCCCUGGCGGCAGCGGAUGCCGGGGGCGGCGGGCGCGCGGCGGCGGCGCGCGCGGUGGCCAGGGCGUGCGAGGAGCACGGCUUCUUCAAGGUGACGGGCCACGGCGUGCCCGCGCCGCUCCUGGCGCGCGUGGAGGCCGCCGCCGCCGCCUUCUUCGCGCUCCCGCAGCAGGAGAAGGAGAAGGCCGCCGCGGCGCCGGGGGGCGGCAGCCCGUUCGGGUACGCCAGCAAGCGGAUAGGCGGCAACGGCGACCUCGGCUGGGUCGAGUACCUCCUGCUCGGCGUCGGCGCCGCGGCGUUGCCCGGCGCGCCAUUGUCCGACGCGCCCGCGGGGGCGUCGCCCUGCUCUUUCCGGGAGAUUCUUGACGAGUACGUGGCGGCGGUGCGGCGGAUGACGUGCGCGGUGCUGGAGCUGAUGGCGGAGGGCCUGGGGCUGGAGGACACCGGCGCGCUCGCCCGGCUGGUGCUGGCCGGCGACAGCGACUCCAUGCUGCGGGUGAACCACUACCCGCCGGCGCCGCGCCUGGAGGACACCGGCGCGCUCGCCCGGCUGGUGCUGGCCGGCGACAGCGACUCCAUGCUGCGGGUGAACCACUACCCGCCGGCGCCGCGCCCGGAGCCCGGCCGCCGCCUGACGGGGUUCGGCGAGCACACCGACCCGCACAUCAUCUCGGUGCUCCGCUCCAACGCCACCGCCGGCCUCGAGAUCUCGAUGCAGGACGGCACCUGGGUCGCCGUGCCCGCCGACGCGGACUCCUUCUUCGUUAACGUCGGCGACGCACUCCAGGUGCUGACGAACGGGAGGUUCCGGAGCGUGCGGCACCGGGUGAUGGUGAGCAGCGCGCGGCCGCGGGUGUCGGUCAUCUUCUUCGGCGGCCCGCCGCCGCGGGAGCGCCUGGCGCCGCUGCUGGGGCUGGUGGACCGGGACGGGGGCCGCCGCCGCUACAGGGACUUCACCUGGAGGGAGUACAAGACCUCCGCCUACCGGACCAGGCUCGCCGACAACCGCCUCGCCCACUUCGAGUUCGAGUUCGACACCACGCCGCCGCCACCAGCUAGCAUCAUUGUGUAGUAGCGUACGUACAAAUGUUUUGUUUUUGUGUGUGGUUGGGUGUGCGGGGACGAUCGAGAGCAGCCAGGGGCCGGUGGUGCACCGUGCACUGCCGGCCAUGAGUGAGCUCAGGGCGGAGGCAACCGUGUAAGGGCAGAGUGGCGAGACGAAGAUGGUAGAAAUGUGCUACACUGUAAAUAAGUAGCCAGCAAGGCACCGAGAUCUCGAAUGCCACGGGAUGCUCCUCGGCCACGCUUGUUCUUGGCUUUCUCAUCUCUGUCGAGCCCGGGACGCGGAGCAGACCGGAGCACCGCUGACCUUUCUCGUCGGCGCAGCGCCGCGACAGAAAUGACCUCAAUGUUUCUUGCGUUGCUUCGAGUGCCGUCAAACCCCAAAACAACCAUUUCGCCGCACCAGACACGGACACACAAAAAAAAAAAGCAGAACGGAUGAACUUCGCCCACCGUAUUGGUUUCUUCUACCGGGCCUCAAAUUUGCUUCGGUCUCUCUUCGUGUGUUUCCCUCCCCCUUCCCUUCAGGUCCAAUUUGUGCCUUUUUUCUUUUUGGUUAUUAUCUGUUUAUUACGCAUUUUUAUUUCUUUUUCAUUUUUUGUGUUACCUUUCUUUUGUCCAUUUUCCAUUUUACACAUAUAUACACGUAGUAUAAUUUAAUCUUUUCGUGGCCCUUUCCUCGAACACUAAACGGCGCAACACGUGUCCCACUAGUAACAAAGCAACUUCGAGGAUAUAUUCUGAAGUAGCAUAUAUUGCUGUAAAUUUCCAGAGAGUAUAGUGUUAUUAAUGUUGUGAAUGAUUGUUCUCUCUA